AUGAUUCGUUUGACUGCUUCUUCCAUAAGACCAAUUAGUUUUACUACAAGAAGUUCCCUAGCACUACUAUUGUCAAGAAUGUCUUCCUCGGUAUCUCAAAACCCAACUGCUUCUGGAGAAGAAGAACCAGUUGUAUUGACAUCUUCUAAAAACCAUGCCAGAAUUAUCACUCUUAACAGACCUAAUAAGUUGAAUUCUUUAAACACCGAAAUGAUUGAACUUAUGACACCACCUGUUUUGGAAUAUGCUAAAUCAAAUGAGAAUAAUGUUACAAUUUUUAACUUCAACUCACCAAAAGCAUUAUGUGCUGGUGGUGAUGUUGCCGAAUGUGCAAUUCAAAUCAGAAAAGGUAACCCAGGCUAUGGUGCUGAUUUCUUUGAUAAAGAAUACAAUCUCAAUUAUAUCAUUUCUACUUUGCCAAAACCAUAUAUUUCCCUCAUGGAUGGUAUUACUUUUGGAGGUGGUGUUGGAUUAUCUGUCCAUGCUCCAUUUAGAGUUGCAACUGAAAAGACCAAGUUGGCAAUGCCAGAAAUGGAUAUUGGAUUCUUCCCUGAUGUUGGUACUACUUUUUUCUUGCCAAGAUUGGAUGACAAAAUUGGAUAUUAUGUUGCUUUGACUGGUUCUGUAUUGCCAGGUUUAGAUGCUUAUUUGGCAGGUUUUGCAACCCAUUACAUCAAAUCUGAAAGAAUUCCUCUGUUGAUUAAUAGAUUGGCCGGUUUGCAACCACCUGAAAUUGAAGGUGAAAUUACUGUUAUUUCUGGAAAUAACCAAUACUUUAACCAGGUCAAUGAUGUUUUGAAUGAAUUCAGUGAAAAGAAUUUGCCACAAGAUUACAAGUUCUUCCUUUCAUCGGAUGAAAUUGCAAUUGUUAAUAAAGCGUUCUCACAAGAUUCGAUUGAUGGAGUUUUCAAAUAUUUGGAAACCGAGGGUUCUCCAUUUGCCAAAAAGACACUUGACACUUUAUCUAAAAAACCAAAGAGUUCAUUAGCUGUUGCAUUUGCAUUGUUGAAUGCGGGUGCCAAGAACUCUAUCAGAACUCAAUUUGAAUUAGAAAUGGUGUCUGCUACUAAUAUCAUGAGUAUCCCAGCUGAAAACAAUGAUUUUGCCAAAGGUGUGAUUCACAAAUUAGUUGACAAAAUAAAGAACCCAUUUUUCCCAAAAUGGAAUGAUCCAAGUACUGUUACUCCUGAGUUUGUUAAACAAACACUUAGUUUAUCUAAAAACACUGAAAAAUACUUGAAGAGACCAUAUCUUAAAACAUGGUUUGGUGUUGAUUUUGAACAAUAUCCUCAUCUGUAUGGUGUUCCAACUAAUAGAGAAGUUGCUGAAUAUAUUGCUGGCACCGAUGGCUCCAAUAGAACUUAUUUGCCAACACCAAGUGAAGUCUUCAAACAUUUCAAGACCAAGACCAAUAACAAAUUGGGUGUUGAGGUUAAAAUUCAACAAAUUUUGGAUUUACACGGCGAAACUGCAAAGUACGAUCAUAAAUAUGUUACUUGGAAAGACGAACCAGCUAAAUAG